AUGUCCGCCCCCCAAGCAUCCUUCAUCCCCCUCCUCAUCGUCGUCAUGGUAACAUGGAAGAUCUCCUACUCCAAAAAGACCUCAAAGUUCACCGGCGCAUCCCAAAGCAUGCGCUCCGCCGGCUCCCGCAGCUUCAACAACAACAAGAACAUCAAAAACGAGCCCACCUUGUCCGCAAUCUCGGAGCGGCUGUAUGCGCGCAAUGUGAAGCAGUCCAGACCCGUAGGAAAGAGCAGCAGGAGCUCGCUGUCGAAUGCGAAGCGCAUCCUGACCAAGUCGGAGAGUGGGCAUGGCGCGGCAGUCGCGAGGACUGAGGAGCGCGAGAAGCGGGACCGGAGGACUUAG